UGUUUCGGUGGCGUCCGGCUGAACGUCUGUGGAAGCAGCCAGAUGAAGUGGUCUCAGAGUGAACACGGCUGAGAAACUGGGACUCACCACGAAACACAGAACCUCACAGAACACGUGAAGCCUUUUGAAAGCGGUCAGAAAUGUUGUGUUUCAUCUUUGAGACUAAGCGGCUGCACCUGCUUCUCCUCCAGAAAUGGCCCAUCUGGUUUCCAGUGGUGACGGUCUGGUGGUGACGGUUGACAGAGAGUCAGGUGACGUCCUGUGGAGUCAGAACUACGGCUCGCCCGUCAUAGGGCUCUACCUGUACUCCGGGGACUCGCUGAGACACGCCCCUCACCUGUCCCUCGCCAUGGAGACGCUGCGCUUCCUCACCUUCUCCUCUGCCGGCGACCAGGCGGACGCACACUCCUCCUUGAAGUGGAGCUACCAGUUUGUGAAGGAACAAGCCAGCGCACAAGCACAGCUCGUGUAAGAGAAGCUUGUUGUGUUCUGUCCUGAGGAGGCGUCCUCUGUCUGGACGCCUCAGCGGCAGUCGUUCAUCAUAACUGGAACCGAAAGGCUCGUGGACGCUGCUCAGCACUUUCCUCGUCUGCUGCUAUUUGCUGCUUUUGUACAGAUUUAAGGGACAGAGGCACAUGACAGGGUCUCCUCAUGAGUUCGUGAACACACGAGGUCGCUGCCCAGAGCUGCUGAGUCUUGAUGUCCAUCAGGAUGCUGCCGUUCUAUCAGCACAUUCCACCGUCCUGAGCGAGGAGACGAGCUGCGUCUGUAGCUCGCCUCACGCCGAGACGCCCAGAAAGAAAAACCGAAUAGAACAGAAUGCUUUUAUUGUCAUCAUGCACAAAGUACCACAGAACUAAAAGACAU